CCUGGACACUGUGCUGUGAUUCGUCGGCGGCAGAGGAAGUCCCGCCCUCUCAUCGGUGCUUGGUUGCUGUGGCAACCGAACGCUUUCCUGGAUCUGGUCGGAGCUGCUGCAGGUAAAGUCCUGGACUCUGUGACUUCGCCCUAAUAUUUAUAGCAAUGUCUGACGCUGCGAAAGACAAGGCCGCCCGCCUGCUGAAGAAGAGAGGAAGCAUCUCAUCGCUGAGCAGCCAUGAGGUCAGACCGCGGGAGACUCACAACAAACCCCGGGAAUCCAGAGAUUCUAUGAGUACAGUGUCUUAUAUCGAUGAACCAGGGCAUCAUGAUGACAUCACCCGUCCUGCAGUGCAAGUGGAAAACACCUACCAGUUAGGUCCAGGGCGACGCUUUCCUGUAGCCACAGUGAAUAAUAUAUUAAAAGACGUCCUGACCAGUUACCUGCAGGAGGAGAAGUACGAGGCCGAGCUUUGUAGACAGAUGACAAAGACCAUCUCUGAGGUGGUGAAGGCCAGAGUGAAGGACUUGAUGAUCCCGAGGUAUAAAAUCAUUGUCCUCAUCUACAUUGGGCAGCUGAACGAUCAGAGCAUGCGGGUGGGGAGCCGGUGUAUCUGGGACCCAGCCUGCGACACCUUCUCAUCCUACACCUUCAAGAACAGCUCCCUGUUUGCCCUGGCCAAUGUCUACGCCGUGUAUUACGAGUAGGAUAAGCUAUAACUCGUGGCUCUGUAUGUGUAACUGCAAUCCCCUCUACAUCUAAAGCUGGCCAUACACAUUACAAUGAUAUUGCUGGAACCCAUCUAUCUAAUGCAGUGUUUCCCAACCAGCCGCCUGUAGCUGAUGCAAAAUUACAACUCCCAGCAUGCCUAAACUAACCAGAAACAAAACUGACACAAAACA